GUGGUGGCGCAUGCAAGUGUUAUGUUGAUGGAAUCCGUGGCCUUCCGAAGGGUUUCGGAUGUUCAGUUUCUCGGUGAUUUUGUUCGUUCGUGUUGUAGAUUGGAUAAUUUGUUCCGUGAUUGUGUCAUCAGCAUGGCAUUUUGAGACGCGUGUGUUCUAAACGGUGAAGCACACAACCGCUACGUCUUAUUAUCCGGACCCCUUGGUCCUCUCUGGAUUGCAGUGAUUUGGUUUUGAAUAUGUUGUGCCAUCUCCCGUUCGAUAAUGUGGAAAAGAAUUCAUUAAAGUGCGAGAAAUACCUACCAAGCAAAACCUGGAGAGUAAUCGAACGUCGGUCGCUCAGUAAUCGUCUGCGUUGCUAAGUUAAAGUUAGCUUUGUAGAAGAAUUCUAGCAAAUGAGGAAUACAAAGCCGGUGUACAGCGAGCGAAUCAAGUGUCAAACCUCGGUAGAUUGUUGGAAUUCCUCCAACGUUGUGGAAAGUCGGUGGACUUAGCGGAUCGUGAACGAAAUUAUAUAGAUCCGGAACCAGUGCCAUUUGGUAGAUGACUGAAACUGAGCAGACCGAGCAAUAACGGGUGACCCGUAAGAAUGCUGGAUCGAUUCGAACCGUACGAAUAUGGUACUGGAGCGGCACUAGGUACGAGGCCGACAGCAAACGUGAAUUGUAGAAAUCUUCAUUCAAGGAACCAACAUAAAUCUCGACUCACAGCCACAGCAACACUCAUUAGCGAUAAGCAAUCCACGGCACAGAAUCUCACAAACAUACGGGUUAGAAGCACGCUGCCAAACAUCAGCCAACACUGAUCCAGUACGGAAGUAGCGUAAGCUGCUGCGAGUUGCUGGCCAUUAUCGGUAGUCGUCAUGAUAGCUUAUCUGUCGAAAAUGCGAUCGUCGGGGUCGGAAAUGGCCAGUGCCGACACUACCCAGUUUCUAAAACUAUCCAGUGCCGUUUUUUACGGCCUGUCAUCGUUCCUGAUUACCGUAGUCAAUAAGACCGUAUUGACCAGCUACCGAUUUCCGUCAUUUCUCGUACUCAGCCUCGGUCAGCUGACUGCCAGCAUCGUCGUGCUGUUUGUGGCCAAACGGUUGCAGUUGGUCAAGUUUCCCGAUUUUAGUCGUGAUAUUCCGAGGCGAAUAUUCCCGCUGCCACUGAUAUAUCUUGGCAACAUGAUGUUCGGAUUGGGUGGAACCCAAGCCCUUAGCCUGCCGAUGUUUGCCGCACUACGAAGAUUUUCAAUUCUGCUGACAAUGCUGCUGGAGUUGCUAGUGCUCGGAAUACGGCCCACGCUUGCCGUAAAAGUAAGCGUAUUUGCCAUGGUCGGAGGCGCACUGAUGGCCGCCCUGGACGACCUGUCCUUCAAUCUGCAGGGCUACAUGUACGUGAUGAUCACAAACACGCUUACGGCAGCGAACGGAGUCUACAUGAAGAAGAAGCUGGACACGGCCGACAUGGGAAAGUACGGACUAAUGUAUUACAACUCCCUGUUUAUGAUACUACCAGCAUUAAUCGGAACCUGGCUAGCCGGUGACAUCGAUCGUGCCUGGCAGUAUGAAGGAUGGAACGAUCCGUUCUUUGCCACCCAGUUUCUGCUGUCCUGCGUGAUGGGUUUCAUAUUGUCGUACAGUGUCAUACUCUGCACGCAGCACAACUCGGCCCUUACAACCACUAUCGUUGGGUGCCUGAAGAACAUCAGCGUCACCUACAUCGGCAUGUUCAUCGGGGGCGAUUACGUGUUUUCGUUGCUUAAUGCGCUCGGCAUCAACAUCAGCGUGGCCGGCAGCUUGCUGUAUACGUACGUAACGUUUCGCAAGAAGCCGACCAGUUCCGGCGGUGGUGGAGAUUCGACUUCGUCGGAUAAAAAGUUGCUUCUACCCGCGGCCGGAAGAAUCGAUAACGUGUGAUGCGGGACGGUGCGCGGCAAAUCGAACAAAACCAAAGGGGUCAAGAAACAGAAGCGGUGUGUAUAGGACAGAAUUGGUUAGUGCGAUAGUGAGGGCGUAUAUUUAUUAGUAAUUCCUUAGCCUGCCCACCGCAUGGGCAUUGAGGCAUCAUUUUCAAUUAAAGGGCAUUGAUUUCCAGGCAUCCAAGGCGGCCAUUUGUGUGGUAAACCAGUGUACAGAUCAUCAAUGUAGUUUUAAGCGGUAGUCACUCAAAUCACCUACACACAAACAGCAGAAAUCCACGCCGCGUCUGAUAGGCAGUGAUAAAACCAAUAAUUCUUGUUAUACCUUCUGCGGUUCUGCUGGACUUUAGCGGGAAGAACGCAGCAGCAGCAGCAUUACAAUCUUCCAUUGUAUAGCUAAAGCAUAACCCCGGUGGUGAGGUGGUGAGUCAUAACCCGUACCCGUACGAGUUGAUAUUAGAGAAACAUUCAUCGAACAUGAUAUCGUGUACUGCAUCGUUUUAGUUUUGCUGUGUAUUUUUAAGUUCGGAUGUGUAAAUGUAUCGUGUAGGAGAUUUUAGUGAAGCGGAUGGAGCUGCAAUAUACAACCACAUAGCGAUGGUCAUUGUGUAACAAAAACAAAACCGUUUUGUAAGGGUGUUGUGCGUACAUCUGUGAGAAAGAAAGCCCAUCCAUUGGAUA